ACUCAUUAUCUAUUAGGUGUCAGCCAUAGUACAGGAGAAUUGGUCGACAAGAAGAACAUUAUUAUAGUUGGUACAAUGUUGAUAGAUAAAAUGUUGACUAAAGAUAGAGUAUUAAUCUGUCUGCUUAUAUCCAGUCAUGUUUAUUUUGUAUUGGGUUUAGGUUCCUUUAAUGUGGCACUUAAUAAACCAACAUGGCAAAGUUCAACAUAUAGAAGUGGCGUUUCAUCUAGAGUUGUAGAUGGUAAUACUUAUCAGUGGUGGUCUGGUGGAAGUUGUACGUCCACUAAUAACAAGAAAGCAAGAGAAUGGUUGUGUGUUGAUCUAAAACAGAGUUUUGAUAUCAGUAGUAUGAAGAUAUUUAACAGAAUAGAUGGGGGUACUAACAACAUCAAAGGAUUUGAAGUUAGAUUGAGUUCAACUGGUAACUGUGAUGAAGGAGGUUUUAUUUCAGCUACAGCAUGUUAUAAAGAUCAUACAUCAACAGGACAAUCUAUUUAUACCAUAGACAGAUGUAAUCAACCAUCUGUACCAUCAUUAUCGGCUAGAUUUGUUUUUGUUUCAAUAAAACGUCAAUAUUUAUACAUAUGUGAACUACAAAUAUUCACAGAAUGUGAUAAUACACAUUGGGGAGAUAACUGUCAACGAACAUGUCAAUGUGUAGCUGGUCAUUUUUUAUCAUGCAAUCAAUCUGUUGGUACCUGUAACUGCAAUAACCAAUGGACAGGUGAUUCGUGUCAAGAUUGUGCAAGGGGAUAUUAUGGUUCAAACUGUGAUAAAGUAUGUCAUUGUUACCAAUCACAAUGCGAUCAAGAUACAGGAGUAUGUGAAUAUGGAUGUGAACAUGGAUGGAUGGGAAUUAGAUGCGACCAAGUGAAAGCAGCAGCAGAAGUGGCAACGUACUGUGUUAAUUCUCCAACCGAAGGUAAAUAUGCUCUGUUAAGGGUUAAUAGAAAAAACGUAAAAUAUGACAAAAUCAAUAUCAUCAAUGAAUCACAGGAUACAUCAUCAUCUACAACAUGUGAUCAAAGAAUGUUUAACGAGGAUGCUGACGAUGUUUUAAACCUCAAGAUAUUAAUCGAAGAUGAUAAUAAAACAUCUCCCAGUUGUUACCAUACAAAGACGGACAGGGAAGUCUUCAAAUGGACAUUAAGAACAGAAGAAGUGUCUGGUUUUUAUGGUUACUAUGACAGAUUAUAUGAACUGAGUUGUGAUUUUAAAACAGCAGAAACGUUGACAAGAAACAACAAACAGACUUUAAGUGGUAUAUAUCAACCUAGCAAAGUAAAUGUCAUCCAGACUACCGAGGACGUCCAGCUCUUCAUUCAGAACCCAGCAACAUCCAGUCGUGUUUCUCAAGUACAGAUUGGCUCCAGAAUUCAACUGGCAAUGCUAUUAAUUAAACGCGAUGACAUAACAGCCUCCGGUAUUUCACCAUAUAAUUGUUCCUGUUCUACACCUGAUGGGAAAACAGUUCACCAACUUACAGACUCUAGUGGAUGUCCUGUACGGGAUUCCCCUGUAUUUGCUUUAACCGGAAGUAAUGGCUCUUUCAUAACAUCAAAUAUAUUUGAUGCUUUCACAAUUAAAGGAAGUUUAGGUCUCAUCUUCAGUUGUAGUUUUGAAUUCUGUUUUGAUUCAAAAGAAACAAAGUGUGCUGAUAGAUGUAGUGAUCUGCGAACUCGAUCAAUACUCGGGACCAGAGCUAGAACAAAACGAUCAACAAAUGAGAAUAGAAAGAAUGGUCAAGCAUCAGCUUAUUUAUUGUUGAUACCAAAAACACAGGACAAACAAACCGAUACGAACAACAUCUCUGUAGACUCUGAAGGUACCAUUUCCAAACACUUCACUGUUAUAACUGGUUCCAUCUUGGUAUUGGUACUGUGUGGAGGUUUGGUCGCUGCCGUGCUGCUUGUCCGAUCUAGUCGCAUUAGAAAUGUUAUGAAACAAACCAAUGUGAAAAUAACGGAAUAACUUUAUAAAAGAAAGUUAAAAUGAGAAUUUAAAUAUUACCAAUAAUAUCCACAAUUUCAUGAUUAAAUCUGUAAUUUGUACUUUUCUCUUAUCGAUAGUUAAUUUGUCUUGAAAUACUUUAUGGUUCUUUAAUAAAUUACUGUUAUGUCAUUA